AUGCCCAAUACCAAGACGGUCCACGUCCCUCACCUGGGCGGCAUCGACGCCGCGUACCAGAUGCCCUACCCCUACGACGCGUCCAAGCCGACGUUGAUCCUCGUCAACAGCUUCACCACCUCGUCCGAGCUGUACCAGAAGCAGUACGCCAACAAGGAACUCACGGACAAGAUGAACCUCUUGGCCAUCGAGCUGCUCGGCCACGGGCAGACGCGGACCAAGUCGGAGAAUUUCACAUACUGGGACACGGCCAUCAUGAACAUCCAGGUCAUGGACGCGCUGGGCAUCAAGAAGGCCUUUGUCCUGGGCACUAGCCAGGGUGGAUGGAUCACGGUGCGGAUGGCGCUGUUGGCUCCUGAAAAGAUCCAAGGCAUCAUCCCCCUCGGCACCUCGCUGGACUACGAGUCCGAACGCACCCGCAAACUCGGCUGCUGGGACGGCGUGGCCGCCUGCACGGGCCCCAUCGACAAAUGGACGAGCAAGACCCCGACGCCCGACUUCAAACCCGACCUCGAAUACUGCGAUUUCCUGAUCGACAUCGGCUUCGGCAAGGGCUGCACCCAGGAGAUGCGCGAGUUUUGGCGCAAGACCAUCCAGGCGAAUUACCAAGGCGACGACGGCCGACGACGCGCGAGGAUGGCGGCUAUCAAUCUGCGCGAGCGCGACGGCCUGCACGGUCGACUGUUUGACGUCAAGUGUCCAGUUAUGUGGUUGCAUGGCUCAGACGACCUUGUCUACAGCGUCGCCAACGCGAAGGAGGAAAUCAAGCUCCUCACCAACUCGCCGUCGGCCGAGCUGAUUGUAGUUCCCGGCGGGGCGCACUUCUUGUCAGCCUCGCACCCGAAGGAGGUGGAUAGUGCCCUCAUCGCCUUUGUGGGCAAGUAUGCUUGA